AUGUCGACCAAAGAUGAUCUUCAAUCGAUGAAGAUAGAGAUGGGUACUAGUAUGCAAGCUCUUAAGGCAGAUAUUCAAAAUAGUUUUCAAUCUCAGUUAGAAUUUUAUUUUUCUAAUCGAGAUCUCAACAAAAAUCAACCUAAAGCUUCAGGUUCAAAUACUGGUGGAUUCAAUUCUAAUUUUCCUUCGGGUGGACGAGAUUCUAGUCAUUUUCAUCGAAUGUCUAAGAUCGAUUUUUCCAGAUUUGAUGGUGAUAACCCAAAGAGAUGGAUCCAAAAGUAUGAAUACUACUUCCAGAUGCACAACAUCCACGAGUUACACAAAACCAGGAUGGCGGCCAUAUAUCUAGACGGUAAAGCCAAUAAGUGGUAUGAUAACUUUUGUCUUAAUAAAACUGAUAUUCCUUGGCCAUCUUUCUGUGAUAAUGAAUUUGAGUAUUACAAGGCCUUAUUACUGAGUGUUCACCAAGAUUUUCCAGAAUCUUACUUCAUUGCUAUCUUUAUUGGAGGUUUAAAGGAAGAACUAAGAAGUUCAGUUCUAAUGUUUGAUCCUAAAACACUGCUCCAUGAUUUUUCCCUUGCUAGAAUGCAAGAAAAAACCCUUGUAAUGCAACAGAAAACCACUAAGCCUGCACCUAAAGUUUUCUCUAGUUCAUUUUCCACCACUAGACCAUUUCCACCCACCACUUUUCCCCCUAAACCAGCUACUGUACCAUCAACUUCAUCCACUCAAUAUUCUACACCAAAAGCUAAUCCAACAUUGCCACUCAAAAGGGGGGAGGAAGCUGAGGAGAUUUUUGAUCAAGGAGGUGAAACUCCAAAUGAUACUGAUAAGGAGCCUCCCUUAGAUAGUGAUAUGGAGAUCUCAUUACAUGCUUUAACUGGUACUAUUUCUGGUGAUACUAUUAGAAUUCCUGGCCUCUUAAAGAAACAAGCUAUUUCAAUUCUUAUUGACACUGCUUGUCCAAUUGCCCAAACUGCUAGCCUAUUGGUCACAGUGGCAAAUGGUGACAAAACUGUGAGUUCUGGUCUUUGCUAUCAAUUAGAAUGUUCUAUGCAAGGUCAAAAAUAUUGUGGUGAUUUGAGAUUACUUCCACUUGGUGGGUGUGACAUUGUUUUGGGAGCUGAUUGGUUAAAGAAUCUGGGUGAUGUUCUAUUCAACCUAUCCAAGCUCUGCAUUACCUUCAAACAUAGAGGUAAAAAAAUUGCUUUAACUGGUGUUCCUCAAAAGUCUUCCCUCAACAUGAUGUCUGGCUAUGCAGUUAAUAAAUUCUUUCAAAAACAUUCUCAUGGCAUUGUUGGCCAAUUAUUCUCCAUAUACCCCUCAUCUGCACAACCCACCACUCCUUCACAGAUUACCAACUUAAUUCAUCAAUUUCCUGAUGUUUUUACUGAGCCAAAAACUCUACCACCUGAAAGAACCUUGGAUCAUAAAAUUCCUCUCAAACCAAAUUCUGAACAAGUGAAUCUCAGGCCUUAUAGAUGUCUUUAUAUCCAAAAAUCAGUGGUUGAAAACUUGGUCAAAGAAAUGCUCACUUCAGGCAUCAUCCAACCAAGCCACAGUCCUUUUGCUUCUCCAAUAUUGCUUGUCAAAAAUAAGGACAAUUCUUGGAAAUUUUGUGUGGAUUACAAAAAGUUAAACAACCUAACUAUUAAGGAUAAAUACCCAAUACCUAUUAUUGAUGAACUUUUGGAUGAAUUACAUGGCUCCAAAUUUUUUUCUAAGAUUGAUCUGAAGUCUGGCUACCAUCAGAUCAGAGUUUCUCCUUCAGAUAUCCACAAGACUGCAUUUAGAACUCACCAUGGUCAUUUUGAGUUCAAGGUUAUGCCAUUUUGCCUUACUAAUACCCCAGAAACGUUUCAAGCUCUCAUGAAUGAUAUUUUCAAAGAUCCCCUCAGGAAGUUCAUUCUUGUCUUCUUUGAUGACAUUUUGGUUUAUAGUCCUUCAUUGGAAGAUCAUUUAUUACACUUACAAACAACAUUGGAGAUUCUCAGACUACAUCAGCUGACAACAAACUUCUCAAAAUGCUCCUUUGGCCAAUCUAGUAUUGAAUAUUUGGGACACAUUAUUACAGGCAAUGGGGUUAUGGCUGAUCCUGAGAAGAUAUCUGCAAUGGUGGAUUGGCCCAUUCCUACUAACUUAAAAGCCUUUAGAGGAUUUUUGGGCCUUACAGGGUACUAUAGAAAAUUUGUGCAGAAUUGUGGCCUCAUUAGCAGACCACUUACUGACCUCUUGAAGAAGGAUGCCUUCAGUUAG